UAAUUCAUCCUCCAUUGAAAAUCCCUAGGGUUUUCUUCCAUACACAAUCAGACUCAACCAACCGGAGAAGAGAUUCCGAGAGGAUGAUGACUUACGAAGGUAACGGAGAUGGCGUCGCUAUUUCCACCGAAAACCACAGCGAAAACUACAUAUCUCUAGAGAGCUCGCCUUUUCAGUCCCUCGGUGGCGAGGAUGGUCAUGAAGACUCCAAGUCUCGACAGGAAUCUCAUGAUCUUGAAAAGGAUUCUUCGAAAAUCAGUGAGAAAGACAGAGACAAAGAUCCUGAGAAGGAUCGUGAUAGGGAGAAGAGCAGAGACAGAGAUAGGGAGAAAAGCAGAGAUAGAGAUAGGGAGAGAAGUAAGGAUAGGGAACGAGACCGCCAUCAUAGAGAUCGUCAUAGGGACCGUAGCAGAGAACGUAGUGAGAAAAGAGAACGUGAGAGAGAUGAUUUGGAUGAUGAUCAUCAUCGUCACAGAAGUCGUGACAGGAGGAGGUCUCGCGAUCGAGACAGAGAGGUGAGACACAGGCGACGGUCACGCUCUCGGUCAAGGAGCCGCUCUGAACGCAGGUCAAGGUCUGAACAUAGGCAUAAGUCUGAACAUAGAUCACGUUCACGCUCACAGUCGCGAUCAAGGUCAAAAAGCAAGAGGAGAAGUGGAUUUGAUAUGGCGCCUCCUGAUAUGUUAGCUGCUACUGCUGUUGCUGCGGCAGGCCAGGUUCCUAGUGUGCCAACUACUGCUACUAUUCCAGGGAUGUUCCCAAACAUGUUCCCAAUGGUCCCUGGUCAGCAACUGGGUGCACUUCCUGUACUGCCUGUUCAGGCAAUGACUCAGCAGGCAACUAGGCAUGCUCGGCGAGUCUAUGUUGGUGGCCUUCCACCAACUGCAAAUGAACAGUCGGUGGCAACGUUCUUUAGCCAAGUGAUGUCGGCCAUUGGGGGAAACACUGCUGGGCCAGGUGAUGCGGUGGUCAAUGUUUAUAUAAACCACGAAAAGAAGUUCGCUUUUGUUGAGAUGAGAUCUGUUGAGGAGGCUAGUAACGCAAUGGCAUUAGACGGCAUUAUAUUAGAGGGAGUUCCUGUAAAGGUGAGAAGGCCAACUGACUAUAACCCGUCCCUUGCUGCAACUCUUGGUCCGAGUCAGCCUAACCCCAACCUCAACUUGGCGGCUGUUGGAUUGUCUUCGGGGUCUACUGGUGGGCUUGAGGGUCCCGACCGCAUUUUUGUGGGCGGGCUUCCCUAUUACUUCACAGAGGUUCAAAUCAGGGAGCUCUUGGAGUCUUUUGGGCCCCUAAGAGGUUUCAACUUGGUCAAAGACAGGGAAACUGGAAAUUCGAAGGGAUAUGCAUUCUGUGUUUACCAAGAUCCGUCAGUAACUGAUAUUGCAUGUGCCGCUCUAAACGGGAUUAAGAUGGGUGAUAAGACACUUACAGUUAGGCGUGCAAUCCAGGGUGUGAUUCAACCUAAACCCGAGCAAGAAGAAGUCUUACUUCAUGCCCAACAACAGAUUGCUUUGCAGAGGCUUAUGUUACAACCAGGAGGCACUCCCACCAAGAUUGUCUGUUUGACUCAAGUGGUUACAGCUGAUGAUCUUAGAGACGAUGAAGAAUAUGCAGACAUAAUGGAGGACAUGAGACAAGAAGGUGGAAAAUUCGGUAACUUAGUGAAUGUUGUGAUUCCAAGGCCCAAUCCAGAUCAUGAUCCAACACCAGGAGUUGGGAAGGUUUUCUUAGAGUAUGCGGAUGUGGAUGGCUCAUCAAAGGCCAGAUCGGGGAUGAACGGAAGAAAAUUUGGAGGAAACCAAGUGGUGGCUGUGUAUUACCCUGAAGACAAGUAUUUGCAAGGCGACUACGAAGACUGAGCUUGAUAUCGUUCUCUUCUUAAGCUUUAGUCUGGACCUCUUAGCAACAAGUUUGGAUCUUUUUGUUAAUUUUAUUUUUUACAUGUUAAGGUCACUCUACUAAAUGGAGAUAUUUGGUUCUCUAGAAUUUGACUGCAAUAGUAGUUUGUCCAGGCACAAUCAUGGUGUGUGUUGGUAAUAGCUUUUUUUUCAUUGAAUACUAAAGUUUAUAUUAUGGGAAUUUUGCCAAA